GUCCAGUUUCAACGUGCAAAGAUGCCGUUGACAAAUGGAACGCCCAAGGAGGUUCGAGUCAACCUCCUGGGAAAAGAAAGUAUUAUAAUCAACUUUGGUCUGUGGCGCAGCCAAGUCGCCCAGGACCUGGUCAACAAUAUUGAGUCAUCAACCUAUGUUUUAAUUACCGACACCAACAUCGGAAGCCUCUACACCGACCCCUUCAAGAAGGCUUUUGACACUGUUGCCAGUCAGAGGCCCAACCCUCCUAGACUUCUUGUCUAUGAGAUCCCACCUGGGGAAAGUUCAAAGUGCCGGCAGACCAAGGACGAUAUCGAAGACUGGCUCCUAAGUCAGAGUCCACCAUGCGGACGAGACACUGUCAUGAUUGCUCUUGGCGGAGGCGUUGUGGGUGAUCUCAUCGGUUUUGUAGCAGCAACCUACAUGCGAGGUGUUAGGUUUGUCCAGGUGCCUACGACCCUUCUGGCCAUGGUCGACUCAUCUAUCGGAGGAAAGACGGCAAUUGAUACUCCUCUGGGCAAGAACCUUGUAGGUGCUAUCUGGCAGCCUCAACGGAUCUACAUCGACCUCGACUUUCUCGGAACCCUCCCUCGCCGGGAACUUAUCAAUGGUAUGGCCGAAGUCAUCAAGACAGCAGCCAUCUCCGACGAGGAUGAGUUCAUUGCUCUGGAAGCGAACUCGGAGAAAAUCAUGGCUGCUGUCAACACCGACAUCAAGCAAGGUGCAGCACGUUUCAAGGAUAUUGAGAGCAUCCUUCUCCGUGUCAUUUCCGCAUCUGCGAAAUUCAAGGCUCACGUGGUCACAAUCGACGAGCGUGAAACUGGCCUACGGAAUCUUCUGAACUUCGGUCAUUCGAUCGGCCAUGCUAUGGAGGCGUUUCUCACCCCUCAAGUCCUGCACGGCGAAUGUGUCGCGAUAGGCAUGAUCAAAGAAGCUGAAUUGUCUCGCUAUCUCGGCGUCCUGAGUGGCGUGGCUGUUGGGCGUCUCCAGAAAUGCCUGACUGCUUACGGCCUCCCCACUCGGCUCGACGAUGACAGGAUUCGGAAGUUGUCGGGCGGAAAAGUCUGCACCGUUGAUGGUAUGCUAAAGAAGAUGGGUGUGGACAAGAAGAAUGAUGGAGCCAAGAAAAAGGUGGUUCUUCUUUCGGCCAUCGGCAAGACUUAUGAACAGAAAGCCAGCGUUGUAUCGGAUGCAGAUCUUCGUGUGGUAUUGUCCCCCAGCAUUGAAGUUUCCCCAGGCGUGUCAAAGGACCUAAAUGUGGUAUGUGCGCCGCCGGGAUCCAAGAGCAUCUCCAACAGAGCACUUGUACUAGCAGCUCUAGGCCAAGGGACUUGUCGCAUCAAGAAUCUACUUACCUCGGCCGAUACAGAAGUCAUGCUAGAAGCGUUGACCAGGCUAGGCGCUGCAACAUUCUCCUGGGAAGACGACGGCGAAGUUUUGGUUGUCCAUGGAAAUGGAGGCAAAUUGCAAGCCAGCUAUACGGAACUCUACCUCGGAAAUGCUGGCACUGCGGCAAGGUUCCUAACGACUGUCACGACUCUGACUCACCAGAGUUCCGUCGGUUCAACCGUGCUAACUGGGAACGCACGCAUGAAACAACGCCCAAUUGGAGAUCUAGUUGAUGCGCUAAAGACGAACGGCGCUGGCAUCGAAUACCUCGAAUCGGUGGGCUCUCUGCCCCUAAACAUCAACGCUUCUGGUGGUUUCAAUGGUGGGGACAUCAAUCUGGCGGCAAAGGUCUCGUCUCAAUACGUGUCCUCGCUUCUCAUGUGUGCACCAUACGCGAAGAACCCUGUCACGUUGAGACUUGUAGGGGGCAAGCCAGUGUCUCAACCCUACAUCGAUAUGACAGUCGCAAUGAUGGCUGCUUUCGGAAUCGAGGUUCAGAAGUCGACUACUGAGGAGCAUACCUAUCAUAUUCCUCAAGGAUCCUACAAGAAUCCAGAAGAGUAUGUAAUUGAAAGUGAUGCCAGCUCGGCGACCUAUCCACUAGCGAUUGCCGCAAUUACCGGCACAACAUGCACCAUUCCCAACAUCGGUUCUGCGUCGUUGCAAGGCGAUUCUCGAUUUGCGACGGACGUUCUAAGACCCAUGGGAUGUCGGGUUGAACAGACCCCGACUUCAACCACUGUGACUGGUCCUCCAGGAGGUGCCCUCAAGCCUUUGCCAAACAUUGACAUGGAGCCAAUGACCGAUGCAUUCUUGACAGCAUCAGUACUGGCUGCUGUUGCGCAAGGAGGCUCUUCAAAGACGACCCGAAUCUAUGGAAUUGCCAACCAGCGAGUCAAGGAGUGCAAUCGCAUCCAAGCCAUGGAUGACGAAUUGGCCAAGUUUGGAGUGACCUGCAGACAAUUUGAGGACGGCAUCGAAAUCGACGGCAUUGACCGAGCACGCUUGCAAGUACCAACUGGCGGCGUCCACUGCUAUGACGAUCAUCGAGUCGCCAUGAGCUUCAGUGUCCUCGCACUCGCAGCAGUGCACCCCUCCCUCAUUCUGGAAAAAGAAUGUACCGGCAAGACAUGGCCUGGCUGGUGGGAUACGCUGGCAAGACAGUUUGCCGCUACCCUGACGGGAGUGGAACUCGAGUCGACCGCGCCCUCUGCAAAGAAAGGAGUGGAUCGAAGCAGUGCCUCGGUGUUCAUCAUCGGCAUGAGAGGUGCGGGAAAGACUACUUCGGGUCGAUGGGCUGCAAGAUCACUUGGCAAGACACUCAUUGAUAUGGAUACGGAGAUGGAGCGGCGCGAGAAGCUCACCAUUCCGGAGAUUGUUAGAAACCAUGGCUGGGACCACUUCCGAGCCCGCGAAUUGGCACUGUUGAAAUCGAUCAUGAAAGAAAUGCCGAAGGGUUAUGUCUUUGCGUGCGGAGGUGGAAUUGUCGAGACUGCUGAGGCGCGACAAUUGUUGACCGACUGGCACCAGAAGACAGGGCAUGUCUUGCUCGUCGAGCGCGACAUUGGCGAGGUCAUGGACUUUUUACAGAUCGACAAGACCAGGCCCGCUUAUGUGGAGGAUAUGAUGGGAGUGUGGCUACGACGGAAACCGUGGUUCGACCAGUGCAGCAAUAUUCUCUAUUACAGUCAGCAUAUCUCCAAUGAGCGAAUGUCCGAGGCGGCAGAGGAUUUCGAUCGCUUCUUGAAGACGGUGAGUGGACAGAUCGAUGUCCUCGGACGACUCAAACAACAGAAACAGUCUUUCUUCGUCGCUUUGACCUUUCCAGAUCUCCGUGAGCAUUUGCACCUGCUCCCCGAGAUCUGUCUGGGGUCAGAUGCUGUGGAGUUGCGCGUGGAUUUGCUCAAGGAUCCUCGAUCGACGAGCGAAAUUCCUUCUGAGGAAUAUGUCAAAUCACAAUUAUCCUUACUUCGUGCCAGCGUGCCCCUCCCCGUAAUAUUCACCAUCCGGACAGUGGCGCAAGGAGGAAGAUUCCCUGACGACGCGCACACAGAAUACGUCAAGCUCAAUACCCUUGCCAUUCGCAUGGGCUGUGAGUUUGUCGACUUGGAAGUUGCUUCGCUGCCAGAAGACACCCUCAAUCAACUCUCCGAUCUCAAGAACAGCUCUCACUCAAAGUUCAUCGCGUCGCAUCACGACCCACAAGGUCGACUGUCUUGGGCGAAAUCAGGUUCCUGGAUCCCCAUCUACAACCGAUGCCUUCAGUACGGCGACGUGGUCAAGUUGAUCGGUGUGGCCAGCACCAUCGACGACAACUUCACCCUGCGCAGCUUCAAGCAAUGGUCGGCGAAACAGCAUCCCGACCUCCCCUUGAUUGCCAUCAACAUGGGUCGUGCCGGCCAAGCGUCGCGCAUCCUCAAUGGCUUCAUGACCCCAGUGUCGCAUCCGUCAUUGCCCUUCAAAGCCGCCCCUGGCCAGCUCUCAGCCGCCGAAAUUCGACAAGGCCUCUCGCUGCUGGGCGAGCUCGUGCCCAAGCAAUUCUACCUAUUUGGCAGUCCCAUCUCAGCGUCCAAAUCGCCAGCCCUACACAACACCCUAUUCCGCACCAUGGGUCUACCGCACACCUACUCUCUCCGCGAAACGCUAGACCUAGAUCUCAUCAGCUCGACCAUCCGAGCGCCCGACUUUGGCGGAGCGUCAGUGACGAUUCCGUUAAAAUUGGACGUCAUGCCUCUACUGGACGUGAUUGACCCAUCGGCGAAGAUCAUCGGAGCCAUCAACACAAUCGACCCAACAGUGGACCCCAAGACUGGCAAGACGGUGCUGGUCGGGCACAACACGGACUAUCUGGGCAUGAGUGACUGUCUGCGAACGGCAGGCGCAAGCACUGCGCUGGGCGAGGGUCCACAGGCAGGUCUGGUCAUCGGAGGUGGAGGAACCGCUCGAGCGGCGAUCCAGACUCUGUCCACAAUGGGCUACGAACCCAUCUACCUGAUCGGACGAAACGCAUCCAAACUGGCAGAGCUGAAAGCCACUUUCCCACCUACCUACGGUAUAGAACUCCUCGACGCGUCUCAACCCAAGUCUCUCGAAGCCAUCCUCGCCUCACCACCCACCGUCGCCAUCGCGACCAUUCCCGCCAACAUCCCCAUCGACACCGCCUUGGGUUCGGCAUUAGAAUCCAUCUUCGCGGCUUCAGUCCAAGCAGAUGCCGCCGCCGCCGUAAACCCCGCCGCGGCCGCACCCAUCAGGACCUUGCUCGAGCUCGCCUACAAGCCUGCCCACACGGCCGUCAUGCAGAUGGCUGAGCAGGUUGGUAAGUGGAAGACCGUCCAGGGCCUUGAGACCCUAGUGACUCAGGGCCUCUGGCAGGCGGAAUAUUGGAACGGUACUCGUGUUCGUGGACUGGCGGAUAAAUUGGCAAGGGAGGUUGUAAUUGGACCGGAGGCUUGAUUGUUUCGUCCUUCCAUUCCUUUCCUAUGGAAGAUACGCGAGGAAUUACUUGUAUAGCAAAACCCAAUGGUUCAAAAGUGUGAAAAGUUUGUUCUGUAUGCUAAAGACAUGGCGAAACAAAAAAAAGGGGGGGAAGCAGAUGGAAGGAGAGGAUCUCUUGCCAACAUGGGAAGAAACUACCUAGAGCGGAUCCAUCACAAAACAUGGACAGUGUUUCAUUAUAUCUGCGUCUACCUAUAUGUAGACAUCCAGGAUAGAGAGACUAGAAGCACUACUACCUUGGUACUCAAAGAACUUGUGGCCCUGGGCAUCAUUCGGCUUGAGACAUCACUUCAUUUGAUUUUGAAACUCCUCAUUUUUCAAGACUAGCAGCCCAGUCGCCAGAAAGCAAUCACGCAGAACUGAACGGCAACUCAUGAUUGUGUCAUCGAAAUGACUCUGUGUGUGGGUGGGUAUAUUUAUUAAUACAAGAAGACCG